CCCUCUCCUCCUCUCUCUCUCUCUCUCUCCCUCUCUCUCUCUCUUUCUCUCUCUACAACAUUUCCCUCAAAGAAAAGUUAUCUCCCAAUUCCCCAUCGCCAUUGCAGCAAUCCCAAUAUUUGAAGAUGAAUGCAAUGGCGAUGCCGCCGUGGCUGGAGAAACUGUUGAGCACGGACUUCUUCAGAGUGUGCCGGGCCCACGUGGACUCGGCCCGGAGUGAAUGCAAUAUGUAUUGUUUGGAUUGCAAUGCCGAUGCAUUUUGCUUCUACUGUCGCUCCUCCAAACACAAAGAUCAUCAAGUUAUUCAGAUAAGGAGAUCUUCAUAUCAUGAUGUGGUGAGAGUGUCGGAGAUUCAGAAGGUUCUGGAUAUAAGUGGUGUGCAAACGUAUGUAAUAAACAGCGCCAGGGUUUUGUUUCUCAACGAGCGCCCUCAGCCUAAGUGCGGUAAGGCUGUUUCUCAUGUCUGUGAAAUCUGUGGGAGAAGCCUUUUGGACACUUUCCGUUUUUGUUCUUUGGGUUGUAAGGUUGUAGGAAUAAAGGGGGAUGGGGAUGGAAGGUUUAGAGAAAGAGGGGAAGGGGUAAAUAUGUCAAUAUCAUCAUCAUCGGAAGAAAUGUUGCGUGAAGGCAUAGAACAAGACAUAUACCCGCCGCCCACGCCUCCGCCACCUCAUUCCACCGCAAGAAGAAGAAAAGGCAUUCCUCAAAGGGCUCCUUUUUGGUCUUAAUUAUAUAUUCCCUCUUUUUUAUUUUAUUUUUUACUCUUUUUAAAAACUACUUUAUACAAAAAUAAGCAAAUUUAUAGGUUAGAAUAUUCCAUUUGGGGGGGGUGGUGGAGGGGGGUCGUAAAAGAAAACAAACUCUCAAUAAUGCAUAAUUUGUUAUUUGGAAGUUGUAAAUUAAAGUAUACAUGUAAUUUAAAUAUAUAUAUAUUAUAUAUAAAAAGGCAAGUCUUUAUAGUUUU